GCACGCCCACGUAAAAUAAACCCAUCGACUGUAAUCCUCACUGUACACAGCGGAGUCCUCUGCGGGUAUUUUCUGCCAUACUGUAAGUUUGUUCCGAACAAAGCGAAGAAAUGGACAACUCUGGGAAAGAGAAAGAAGCGAUUCAGCUAAUGGCCGACGCUGACAAAAAAGUCAAGUCCUCUGGCUCUUUUUUGGGAGGGAUGUUUGGAGGAGGACCUCACAAAGUGGAAGAAGCGUGUGAGAUGUACUGCAGAUCAGCAAACAUGUUCAAGAUGGCCAAGAACUGGAGUGCUGCUGGAAGUGCAUUUUGCAAGGCUGCACGUCUCCACAUGCAGCUACAGAACAAACAUGACUGCGCCACCAGUUUUAUUGAUGCAGGAAACGCUUAUAAGAAGUCUGACCCUAAUGAGGCAAUCAAGUGUUUAAAUGCUGCCGUCGAUAUAUACACAGACAUGUUCUGCCAACAAGUGUCUGCUGAAGGUGGGGGCUUACUGUGCUCAGUUAGAGCAAUACCAGAAGGCUAUUGAGAUCUACGAGCAGGUCGGAGCCAACACGAUGGACAACCCGUUGCUGAAAUACAGCGCCAAAGAGUACUUCUUCAAAGCCUCCCUGUGUCAUUUUAUUGUCGACGAGCUCAACGCUAAGAUCGCAGUUGAAAAAUAUGAGGAGAUGUUCCCGGCUUUCUCAGACUCUCGAGAAUGCAAACUGCUGAAGAAACUUCUUGAGGCUCACGAGGAACAGAACAGCGAGGCGUUCACAGAAGCAGUAAAAGAGUUUGACUCGAUCUCACGCCUGGACCAGUGGCACACAACCCUCCUGCUGCGCAUCAAGAAGACCAUCCAGGGUGAUGAAGGGGAUCUGAAAUGAGAGAAACACGGGGGUAGAAAUGCAGCACGGAGGGACAAAUCCAUCACGCAUGCUUUCUCUCACACACACGCACACACACACGCACACACGCUCACCUCACUGUGUAUAGCAUCUGGAGAUGAGUGUCUGCUGACGAUUUUGAAUAUUCCACCGCUCACUGCUACACUGUCAAAGUACUAUCUUUGCUUUCUUUACGAGCAUAUCUGAAUCUAGUGAGAAUGUAAAUCCUCUCGCCCUCACCUCUGUCUAGAGGAUUGCUGCAUACCUUUCCUGCUGAAAUCUGUCCUGGGCGAUUUCAGAGCGGUAUAUUGUAUUGAAACUGAUGUUAGUAUUGACAUUAAGCCCCGCAUGUUUUGUACAAUUAUUGUUUUAUAGUCAGAUGCAGCUUGUUUGUUUUUUUUUUUUAUCUAGUUUUAUUGUAUAUUUAAACAGAUUAUUUAAAUGUUUCAGUUUGUUGUACAUAAGAUUAUCAUGGUGUGUAUAAAUGUACUGUUAUCUUAAUUUUUUUUAUUUGUUGGAGUAGAGAAGGGAUCAAAUCAAUGUUGUGAUUUUUCUUAAAACUUCAUUAUGAUUACAGCCACAAAAAGAGUGAUUUUGUUUCCAUUUGAUCGCCAAUGGGGGAAAGACUCUUCCUGAAGAAGGGCAAUGAUAUGCACCAAGUGUAGACUGUUAAACAUUUGUAUCUAAUCAUAAUCAUACACAUUCAUACUUAAAUUACUUUAGUAUUAUUUAUUACUUAAGGAUUUGUUGAUGUAAUACUACUUUGAAUGUUUGAAUCUGUAAGCUGUGACUUAUAGUUUGCUAGUGGAAAAUGUAUUUUUAAAUCAAAAGCACUGACAUGGAAACCCCCACUCCGUAUUUCCAGGGACAUAAUCUUGGGGGGGUAACGUGCGUCAUUAGUCACUCAUCUCGUGCUGUGUUGUGAUGUGAACUCAUCUUUGAAGGUUUACUACAGUGCACCUUCCAAAUGGCCAGUUGCUAAGCAUGUCAUUGUGUAUAGUUCAGUGUUGUUACAUUCACUAGUGUGAGCCAGACCAAAGUUUUUACAAAAGGGUCAGUCGCCCUGCGUAUCCAGCUUCUUCCAUGUGGACUGACAAUGGACCUUGGAUAUGAUCUGUAUGCUUGUGUGAAUGGACAAUAAUAAAGAUAUUA